AUGGUCGCAUCAGUUCCAAAACCAGAAACCCAGAUCAAGAAGGAAAAGCAGCAGGAGAAGGAUCUUAAGAAGAUCGCCGCUGAGAGAAAGGCAAGAAAGGCCGCUAACAAGGAGAAGAGAGCCGCUAUCUACAAGAGAACUGAGGCUUACUGCCAGGAGUACCAAGAUGCUGAAGACGCUUUGAUUAAGGCUAAGAGAGACGCUAAGGCCGCAGGAAAGUACUACGUUGAGGCUGAGCCAAACCUUAUUUUGGUUAUCAGAAUCAAGGGUGUGAACAAGAUUCCACCUAAGCCAAGAAAGGUCCUCCAGUUGUUGAGAUUGAACCAGAUCAACACUGCUACCUUCGUCAAGCUCACAAAGGCAACUCUUGAGUUGUUGAAGUUGGUUGACCCAUAUGUUGUCUUCGGUUACCCUAACUUGUCCACCAUCAGAAGAUUGAUCUACAAGAGAGGUUACGGUAAGGUCAACAAGCAGAGAAUUGCCUUGAGCGACAACUCCAUCAUUGAGGAGUCUCUCGGAAAGUUCGGUAUCGUCUCUGUUGAGGAUUUGAUCCACGAGAUUUACACUGUUGGUCCUAACUUCAAGCAGGCCAACAACUUUUUGUGGCCAUUCAAGUUGUCCAACCCUAACGGAGGUUGGGGUGUUAGAAGAAGAUUCCAGCACUUCAUCCAGGGUGGUUCUACUGGUAACAGAGAGCAAUACAUCAACCAGUUGGCUAAGAAGAUGAUCUAA